AUGUUUUAUCUCUUGUUUUAUAGAAUUCAGGAGCCAUUCGCCCUCUUUGAUGAGCUUUAUGAUAAACCGUGGUUGAGAGCUGGUCCCUAUUUCAUUGGGGCAAUAACAGGCUGGACAUUGUUCAAGACCAAUUGCGACCUACGAAUGCCGGUGUGGGGAAAAAUCAUCGGAUGGGCCUUAUCAGGAGGGAUCAUGAUAGCUGUGGUAUACGGUCUAUAUCCUGGCGAUCUUACAGUGACCACUAGCUCAAUUUAUGCUGCACUCGGGCACAGUGCAUGGGCGAUAGCGGUUGCUUUCAUCGUUGUACAAUGUUGCACCGGUUCAGCUAAUUAUGUCAAUAGUCUACUGUCCCUUCGACUCAUCUAUCCCCUCUCAAGGCUCACAUACUGUGCAUAUUUGGUGCAUCCUAUUAUCAUGAUGAUUACUAGUAUGCAAAUGGAUGGACCGCUACAUCUUCAUAAUGGACUUGUAUUGAUCCUGUAUUUUGGAAAUCUCGUUGCUUCGUACUUGCUGUCGUUUUGUGUAUCCGUUACUUUGGAGGCACCAAUCGUAAAUUUGCUGAAGAUUGGUUUGGAUUCGAGGAAACGUAGCAGAUGAUGGAUAGACAACACGGGGAGUGGGGUAUCAUCGCAAAAUCGAAUGAUAGUGACAUGAAGAUCACAAAUACCACAUCCAUUUAAUGUGCAUGCAAAAAACAGAAUCAGAAGCUAACAAAAUUAUUUUAGACGUUACUUUUCAAUCAUGUUAACUCUACCCUGGCGGACCACUCGAUAGGGUGGAAUCGAGUUGUGCACUGAGUCGAUAGGUGUUCGAGAUUGAGUCGAUGGUAAUGUGGAUCCACAGUGCACAACUCGAUUCACUCUAUCGAGGGCCUAUCGAGUAGAUCCCGAAUGGUCCGCCAGGGUAGCAUGGAAAACUUUGAUUACAACGUAACGCUUCAACGAUAUUGUAAAAUAUUUAAGUUUGAUGU